AUGAGUCAAAAUAAGGAAAAAAAGAAUAAAAGUGCGGAUAAUCUUAAAAAUAACAAGAAAAGGUCUUUAGAAGAUGAUUUUCAUGUUCUCGCAAAUGUUUCAGAGAAAAAAAAGAAAGGUAAAGAAGUUAAGGACAUAAUAAAAAACGCAAGCAAUGAUGUUUCCAUGGAUGAUGAUAUUUGGGGGGAUGAUACUCACGACAAUGUUAGCGUGGGUGACGACGAUACUGAGACUUCGGAUGAAAGUGAUGAGGAUAAUGAAUUCAAGAUACUGAAUGUCGACGCAGAAUUCUUUGAUCCACAACCUUCAGAUUUCCUCGCAAUAAAAAAUCUCUUGACUCAAUUGUUCUCGGCGGAUUCGGUUCUUUUUAACCUUUCCGAGCUUACAGAGUUGAUCAUCAAUCAGCCGUUACUGGGCACGACAGUAAAAUUGGAAGGAUCAGAAUCUGAUCCGUUUGCUUUGUUGACCGUGUUGAAUGUUAAUGUGCAUCAAAGCAAACCAUGUAUGAAAACUUUAAUAAAUUACAUCCUCGAAAAAACUGAUCCCAAUAAACAACUAUACGAAAAAUUGUCAUCAGCAAUAUUAAAAAACAACGACAACGAUAAUAAUUCUAAUUCUAAUAAUGAACACGUUGGAUUGAUCUUGAGCGAACGCUUAUUAAACAUGCCAGUACAAAUAGUGCCACCCAUGUACAAAAUGUUGAUGGAGGAGAUUCAAUGGGCUGUCGACGACGAUGAACCCUAUAAUUUUGAAUGGUACCUUAUCAUUACGAAAACUUAUCGUGAAGUUGCCUCAUCAUUAGACGAGGAAUUGAUAGAUGAUAUUUCAACGCUAAAUAAUAAUAAUAUCCAUCUCCAUAACACUUCGGCAUCGAAUCACGUACCAAAUCCCAAGAAGAAAAAGAAAAAAACAAAAUCGUCAGAAGAACUACAAACAUUUUAUUUUCAUCCUGAAGAUGAAAUAAUCGAGCAGAAUGCCGAAUAUACACACGAUUUCAAACUAACGAAACAGUUGCCAACUUCUGAUUCUCGGCGUGCAUUUCAAGAUUUUGGUGUUGCACCCGCAAUGAAGGUUUUCCUGUUACAUCGUGACAAAAUUCAAAAAUUGAUUACAGAUUUAGAAGUCGCAUGUCAGUAA